CAGAAUGCCGUAAACUACAGGACGGUUGACGUAAACAUCAAUUUACGGCAGCGUUUCUCUUGUGCAAAACCCAAAGGGAAACCCAUCCGAGACUUCUGACACAGUAAAUUACCACAAGGCUAUUCCUGGAGUCAUCUUUUCAGGUUGCUGUCAGUAGGACACGUGUUGGGUGCUAGCUGCGAUGAAAAUGAGGAGACAACCAAACAUUCUGUUAACAGGGACCCCUGGUGUUGGAAAAACAACUCUGGGGAAGGAGCUGGCUCAGCGGACAGGACUCGCCUAUGUUAAUAUAGGUGAUCUUGCUCAGGAAGGAGAUCUUUAUGAUGGCUACGAUCAAGAGUACCAGUGCCCCAUUUUGGAUGAAGACAGGGUGGUGGAUGAGCUAGAUGAGAAGAUGUCACAUGGAGGUGUGAUUGUAGACUAUCAUGGCUGUGACCUCUUCCCUGAGCGCUGGUUUCAAAUUGUCUUUGUCCUGCGAACAGACAAUACUCAGUUGUACACACGGCUAGAAAGCAGGGGUUACACAGGAAAGAAGCUGCAGGACAACGUGCAGUGUGAAAUCUUUCAGACCAUCUAUGAAGAGGCAAUUGAGGCCUACAAAGAGGAGCUUGUCCACCAGCUUCCCAGCAACACUCCCGAGGACCUGGAAAGGAACUUGGAGCAGAUAGUACAGUGGGCUGAGCAGUGGAUAAAAGACCACAAUUAGAGUGGAUGACUGACUGGCUGUCAGACAAAAUAAUUUGUACCAAUUUUCAACCUGCACUUAUUUUCAUAAAUACUGCCGUCAUGAAAACUACUCUUAUAUAAUCUUUACGUCAUUGGAAAACAGUUUCAAGAGCUCAUCAACAUACAAGCAUAAAACGCACAUCAAUGAAGCUAAGAUGGACAAAAUAUGUCCACCGGUGGAAAAGUAUGAUGAUGAUCACCUUACAGAAGGAUAAAUUAAUGUACAGAAUAAAUUAGCAAAAAGAAUCAAAAUAACAGCACCUAAUAUAAAAAGGGUCAAAGUUGCAAGACACUUUCAGACAAGAGGCACAUCAUUAUCAAUUCAUUGUGAGUCGUUCAGGCUGCGCACAGCCCAGGAAGAGAAACUUUUACCAAAAUGACAUGUGGAAGAUUUCAUAAAACGGAAAUAUUUGCUUGAAGGGAGAAGAACAAAAUGGCUGGCAGCAGGAUGACCUGCAGGGUUGUGUGCAAUACUAGCCUAGCACAUUUCAUUCAGUUUGGGAAGAUUGGCCAACAACUCUGUUAAGGAAUUUCUGAUCCUUUAGCGUUAGGCUACCAAACCACAAAAUUAUUGAGCUGAACAGGAUCUUCUUGGUGACACAUUGAUAAAAUGCAUGCAAAAUAUGACAAUUCAGAGUGUUUUCCUUCAGUUUACAUGGGGGGGGGGUGAAAAAGCCGUUCUUGUGACUUUUAACAAUGAUACCCAUAUUUAAGUGCCAGUUAAGAGCACCUAUAACAGCAACACCUAAAAAAAACUCUUGACCUUGUUGCUGUUAUUGGUUAAAAGGAGACAGGAUGCGUUCUUACAGCUAAAAUCAAAAAGUAGCUCCUUUUGUUUUGGAGGUAUUUGAAGUCAGAUUGUCGGAUACGAGUGUUGUCACACUUGAGACCGGUUUUGGUCUCGAGACCACAUUUUGAAGGUUGUCUCGGACUCGAGUCCCAAAGGUUUUGAUCUCGUCUCGGUCUUGGACUGGCCGGACUCGAGAUUUCUAUUCUUCAAAUUCAUUAAUGUGAUGAUAAGGAGAAGCAUAAGCAAACAACAAAUACCUUCAAUUCACAGUGUGUUUUACUAACCCCCUACAACCCCUGUUGACUGCAAUCUUCGCAGUGUUUUGAGUGAAUUGUGAUGUAAAUUUGGCUUCCUCAACCAAAAACCUCCAUAAGUAAAACAAUAUGCAAAAGAAAAGGGCGCGGACAACAUCAAACUUUAGCGGGCAUCGCCAAAGACAACAAACAGGUAAGCUAAGUUAACUGUAAGUAACCGGACUAAUUUUGUUUCUGAGAUGAAUAUUUCUUGAAAGAGGUUUUAAUUCAUUUGGUAGGUGCAGAACCCUAAUUUUCAUUUAAUUGGCAUUAUUGUGACACCCCACCGUGCAUGUUUAAAUUACAAAAUGCUGCAGUCUCGUACGUGACUUAAAUGAUCUUUUUUGAAAUACAUCUUUUCCUUUCGGCUUGUCCUGUUAGGGAUCGCCACAGUGUGUCAUCCUUUUCCAUGUAAGUCUGUGUCGUGACUCUGACCCAGAACCUCCCCCCAAACUGCAUUCUUCCAAGCGGCCCUACUGUAAGACUACCACAAGAAGACGCCUACUGGACCCUAAAGCAAAUAGCAGGUCCCCUCGAAAUCUUGGUUUGCAGUCAUCAAAGACUCCUGGUCUUCGUUUGAACUGACAGCAGCCAAAAGGGACCCAUCGACGAUGGAAUGCAAAUACAGCAACAAACCAUUUGCUUAAUAUUCAAACGUGCAUGCAAGGCGCCAACCACUGGCGUUGGAGAGUACUGCAACCCAUGAACUUCCAUUCCGUUGUUUGUUAACCAAGGAUAAAUGUCUGUCUUGAUAUUUUAAGAAUUCUGCAGACUUAUUCCAAAUGUAUGCCUUGAUGUCUGUGUCAGUGUAUCAACUUUACAAGCGCCGCUGUGAGAUUUUGAGAACUGUUUGUCUUGAUUAGACUCCAAGCAGCAUGAAAUGUGAUUUGAACCACAAGCAGUUGAUUUGCCAAGACUAAAGUAUAAACAGCCAGUCUAUAUGCUUGACCUGUGAGUAGAGAGUACAAAGUUGAGGGUAUUUUAUAUUAAUAUAUGUUUUUAAACUCAUUUUAUGGGUCAAAACUAGACUAGAUUCAAGCUGAUGGUUGUGGUCUGGUCUGGUCCUCAGUCCUCUCCGACACGCCCCCGGGGUAUUUAACGCCUGACUCCCGCCGCCUUGCCUUUUUUGUGUGUGUGUGUUUUCCUGUCUUCGUGUUCUGGCCGGCUAAUCUCGCCAGCCACGGGCUGGCCUUUGUUCGGGCAUGCCGCUCGGCAACCGCGGGCCUUGGGGAUGGAGACUGCUUCCCAGCCUCUCCGUGGGCCACCGCUAGGCCAUCAGAGCAGCUGCUACUAAAGUACCAGAUACGCUUCCACCCAAGCGUAAUCGCUCUGAAAUUUCUAGCGAGUCCCUGAAAAGGCAGGAAGAGAGACGGUCAUAUUCUCCCAACGAAGCGUGACUAACACAUUUUCUUCUUCCUCCUCUUGUUAUUGUUUCCUUUUUCUCAUUCGACCAAACCUGUCUCCGUGCUUCCCGAGACCACUGAGACAGACCCCCUCCACCCACCAGCUGAUCUACGUUUGUGAGUAACACACCAGUGUUUACCAGACUGGACAAUAUUAGUGCCUAAUCAUUUUGGGGCAAUUUACUAGCUUCACACAAAAUCCUAACUUUGUCCUCUCUCUCUUCCGUCCGGAAUGGACGCGUUAAACGCUCGCGUUUUCAACUUUAGUCCAACACACAAUGUUCUAUUUCCCUUUGCGUACUCCUAUUUUCCUUCUUUUUACCGUUGUUAGUGUUAUUUUAUUUCUUUAGUUAGACCCCUUUGUGUGUUUCCCUCUAGAGCCCUUGUAGAUGUCAUUAAAUAUAUCAAAAAUUCCA